GGAAAUAGGAAAUAAACUGUACAGCAUGGAAGGGGAUCGCUAGGAGAUUGGCAUAUUGAUAGGAAUGGUGGAGGGCAGGAGAGGCUGUGUUACGAGGGGAAGCCAGAAGGGGAGUGUCAUGAAGUUCCGAAUGUCACUGACAGAGGAGACAUUGGUGAGGCAGGUCUUGUUGGACUGAAUUUUGUGGGAGGGUGUUAAGCCCUUUGAUGGAAAUAGUCUGGAAUUGAAUAAGGAGUAAGCCCAGUUUACAGGUGACAUAACUGUAAAGUGAUCGGAAAUUUGGAAAGAGCUCUGAAUACAUCUUUUUCCAUUAUGCGAACGGGCUGUAAUAGAAAUGACACAUGGGACGCAUGAGAAACUUUAUCAAAGGGGAGAAAUUGUAGAAGGUGCCUGAAUUGACCGUAUUCGUUCACAUAAGAUGGGUUUUUUUUGGUCCUACGGGAAAGCGUACUGAAAAUGGGGGUGGCGGAAUAAACGCAUGCAUUCGGAAUCAUCUGUAUGUAAACACACUAUGUCCAUGGUGAAGUGGGACAUUAUAUAAUGUAUUUUGGAGAAAGGUGACUGCUACUCGAAUAGAACAAUUAAAAUAAAGAUGGAAUGGAAAGUGAACAGAAAAUUUUGCGUACCAGGAGCUUUAGAGAGCUUCCGUUGCAGACUUUAGGUAUACUGUACUAGUGAUUAGAGGUAAUGGCUUAAAAAACUAUAUAUGGAAAGAAAAUACAGUAUCGGCUAAGUGUAUAAUACAGAAAAAGCACCUGCAUAUUAGAUUGAGAUGCUACAGAUAUAUGGUGCUUUACUUGUUUGUGAAAACUGGGAAUUUCUACAUUUCUACAAGUUUCUGAAAGCAAAUGGGGUUACGUGGCUCGCCAAAAGGUAGAUGUCGAAAAGCCAUGCUGAGAUCAGUAAAAGAACUCUGGGGAGGGGCUGUGACUACGGAGCAAUACUCUGGCACGAAAUUGAGAAACAAAUCUUUGGAAAAUGGUAUGGAAGCGAUGGGGACUACAUUUCUUUUAAUGGAAAAACAGCAAUAAUGACUGGAAAAGUCCAAUUAAUUGAAAGUUAGGGGGAGAACUUAAUGAUGGCAUGACAGUAUAAUUUUCAUUGAAAUAUCUGGUAUAGCUAAAGAUAGCAGAGAAUUUUACCAGGUGAGGUAUAAAUCAUAUUCAUAUGGCAUUUUUUUACCCUAUCUUAGUUGUUCUGAUCUCAUUUCACUGUAACAACACAUUACAUCAUUUGUUGUAGUUUUCUUCCAGGUAUCAGUUUUACUGAGAGUGUUGAUUAAGUAUGGCUGCAUUUAUUUGAGCUUAACGAGGAAAAAGAGCUAAGCAUCUAUGUAUGUAUGUAUAUAGUUGAUCAUCAGAUAAUCUCCAGUUUAUGGAUUAGACUGGGAAAUUUAAAAAAAUGUGGAAAAGAUAAUGGUGAACCAUUCAUUGCUGCUGGGUAAACAACAUAGCAUCUAGGUAUGGUAAGUGGAAUUGAGCUUAAUUUGAGGAGAUACUUCUAUUUUUGCUCUAUUACCAAGGAUCUUGUAAAGACCAUGUUAAUUGUCUCCUCAGGGGAUUUAAUACUUGCAUUAAGGAAGGAGUUUUUAACAAGUACAUUUGCAACAAUAAAAAAGCCUGAAAGUAGCUGCACAGUAGUAUAAGUGGAUGGCCAGCGGAAGUUAAGAAAAAAAGUGAAAGAUUUGUUUGGCUGUGGAAUCUCAGCCUUCCAGUUCUCAUCCUCUAAAUUCUUUCUUCUGCUCUGGACAUUACUUCUACACUCACUUUUUUCCCUUUCUUGAUUGCAGUCCUUUGUCAAAGGAGGAGAUGCCUAGCUUAUCUUUAACAAACUCCUUGAAGACUGAGUUUAAAUUUGCCCUUGAGAUUGCUUCACUUAAAUGGUGAGGCUAGCCAAGUAUUUUAAUGUAAAGUAACUUAGAAAUCCUGGAGCCAAAUAAAACUUAAGUAGGUUUGUGCAUAAGAAUCUUCCAGAAAUGCACUGAAGUGGGGGGGUAGCUACCAAACUACAAAAAUAAUUAAUAGUUAAUCAUAUGAGAUGCUAAGGUCUAUAUGAUUUCUAGUGACUGACACUGAUAACUUUCAGUACAUGGGCAGAGUAGGAGAACCUUGUGCAGGAGUGGAUUUGCAAACAGCCUGUGGUAGGCUCCAUUUUGGGGGGAACAGAGAAAUUGGAAUGUGAGUGUUGUGAACAGUCCCCAUAAUUUCUGCUUAUAAGUUGCUCUGCCAUUUUUAUCUCACCUUUACUCCGGCUGGUAUACUAAAAAUCUAAAAAAGCUUGUGACUGCAGAAGAAACAUCCAUGCAUUUUGCUUUCUCAUGUAGCUUAAUAGGUGUGAAGUGAGCUAGGACAGUGCAAAGCAACCUGCCUUCCUGGGUCAAGUUUGAACAUGCAGUGAACAUGGUCUUCUAUUUUCUGGUCAAGUUCUGGCAUCUAGCCUUCUGAAUUCUAGUUUCUGUUCAGUUUUGGCAAUUGACUAGGAUGACUCUCUGCUGCUCCCCCAGUUCAAGGUGUCUUCCUGCUCCAUCCUCCUCUCUAUACACAGAAUGAUGUAAAAAGGUUUAAAAAGGGGGGGUUUUUUUGUGAGAAAUUUAGCUUUCGUUUUCAGAAAUACUCAGGCUUUGGUAACAGCACAGAAUAAAUAGAAACAGAUCUAGCCAUCUGGAAAAGAAAAAAAAUGAUAGGGACCUGAGUCCUAAGAAAGGUAGGUGUUAUAUUGUCACCCCUUCCCCACAUACACACAUACUGUGGCUAUAUUGCAAUCACAAAAUACUGUCCCAUGAGGGAAAAACUGAAGUGAGAGUGUAUGUUGAUUUGAAACCUUACAGGAUUUUUAAUUGGCUAUUGUUAUUGUGACUAUAAUAUUGUGAUGUAUAUUAGUUGUAUUGCUUUGGUGUAAUUUUAACUGCUGUUUAGUCUUUAUCUGCUAUUUUUAUUGUGUUGAACUACAGCCCAGUGAAAGGCAUCCUAGAAAUAACAUGUUUCCUCCUUCUCUUUUUGACAAACAGAUCCAUGUGUAAUGUUUGUAUCUCUUCCAGUACAAGCGGCUUGACGUGCGGAUGACAGCAGUUAGCUGACCUUAGCAGAGCUUGAAAAAUAUGUAGGGUAGGAUCUAAUUAAUAUUUGGAUGGGAGACCACCAGGAAAUCAGUUGUGGGGUAUUCUGGGAAAUUAAAAUAACAUCCCAGAAGAAAGCACUAUGAAACUAGUUAUGUAUUAUUGCAAAAAAAAGAAAAGAAAAGAAACCCUGCAUAAACAUACCUAUGUCAUCACCAACAGUCAAAUUUGACUUCAGGGAAUAUUUAACUCUUUAUUUCUGAAUGGUGAUGAUGGUGCUGCCACAUCUUCUUCUCCUCUGCUCUAAACACUCCUUUUUUGUUAAUCUCCUGCAAAUAAUUCUCUGGUAGUUCCUUAGUUUAAAUUUUAAAAAAACCCAAUUAAAAAAAACAAUGGUAGACACAAGCUAUUAUAUAUAUUUAAAAUAUAAGUUUAUUUUUACCCUGUAUUGUUUCUACAAUUUUAAUUGUACUGGGAAAUAAAUUCUUUGCACAUUGCUUUCUCACCAGCCAACACCACCUGAGUUUAUUUUAUUUAUUUAUUUUUGAGAUCUGUUUUCUUCCAUAAAUAGCACACAAGGCUGAAUUACAAAUACCAAAUAUAAAAUGGUCUCAAUGAUGACAUGAGAAGUUUUCCCACUCUCAUUGUGCAGUUUUCAGCCUCACAAAUACAUGUAGUCUUGUCCUUUGGCUGGGAGAGGGAAGUGCUGCUGGCUCCAGACAAUUGGAAAGCUGAAUCCUGUGAACCUGCCAGGUGCCUAUCACCAGAUGAUAAGUACAUCUUUUGCUGCCAACACUCACUCUCUUUUCCUGUGUAGAAAUCAAAACAGCAGAGUGCUAUAUUUUGGCCAGAUUAUAGCAGCCUUUCUCUGUUAAGAUUUAGUUGCCAUUUAAUCAUAAUGUUGCUACCCUACUUACCUUAGAUGGUGCAGCAUCCUUCCUUUCAACUGACAUUUCAUUAUAGGUGAAGAGUUGAUAUAAGUUAUUACAUUGCUGAUAUUUCUUCACAGAAGGUUGAUGAAUAUUCUUUAGGACAGUUACAGCAAUAAGCCCAGGAUAAUAUUUGUGCCUUCACUGUAGUUUGCUUGAUGGAGAGGAUAAUUAUAAAUGUGUGGUAAGGGCAAUUGUGAAGAUUUGUUCCCUUUGAUACAUGGCAUGGGAGGAACUAGUGCUCCUAUUUGUCUGGGUUCUUUGCAGUACAAGAUAGACUUUAAUAGUAGUAAGUGUGUAGGUGAUAGAGUUGAAAGAAUUAGUUUGAGUUUGGAAGGUAGACCUACCUAUUAAAUUGCUAUUUUAAAUGAAGAGGUUUUUUUCCAUAUGUGGGAUUAGCGCAGCACAAUACAGAUGCUAACUCCAAUGACUAAGGAAAAGAACUGAGCCAGCUCUGCUAUCUAGAGAUGCUACUUUCAUAUGUUGCCCCAUUUUUGUUAAAGCUGUGGUUUUUUUCACCUGAAAUCUCACCUGCCAAACAUGCAUGUUGAUCUCUUAUCUGAAGAACUUACAAUACCCUAGAUAGUAUAACUGUGUUUUAUCACAUUAACAUAGUUUUCUAAAUUUGCAUAACAAAACCAUAAAAUAACUUUAUUCACUGGUUUCACAGAAUACUGAUUGCUCAUAGUUAAGUAACCAUGUUGUAGCCUAUAUUUUAUAAUGUGUUAUUCUUUCAGUCCUUUAUAUGGAGAGCAAGGCUGCUUUCUUAUCUUAUCAAAUGGAAGAUAAUUGCAGAGGCACUUGGUGGUGGUAAUUGCAUCUUGCAGAUGCUUUUGGAGUCUGAGAAACAAAAAAAUGCACACAGUGCUGCUUAAGGAACCAAUAAGGCUGCAUGCUUGGAUUUUUGGUACAUCAUCAUUUUAUAGUUAACGAAGAUUUUAUUUUCAGCGAGCAACUUGUUUUUCAGCGAGCAACUUGUUUUCCUGCCAGAUUGAAAAAUACAUUGUUUAAAUUGGCUAAAACUGGGGCUGUGCAAGAUACCAGCUAAUACUUUCUACCAACUGUGAAAACCACAAAAGCUAACAGACUUUGUGACUUUGGGCCAGUCACACACUCUCAGCCCAACCCACUGCACAGGGUUGUUGUGGGAAAAAUAGAAGGAGGGAGGUAUGUUGGAUAUGUUCACCAGCUUAUUUGUAAAAAAUAAAUGCAGGAUGCAAAUAAAUAAUAGAUAAACAUCAGUGGUUAGGAUUCUCCACAAUCUUUUUCUGGUUCUAACACAUGAUCUGUUUACUACAGAAGAGAUCUCACUAUGGCUGCAGGAAAAAAGAUAAUAUUGGAGAGGUGCUUUCAAACCCUGGGAUGGAGGGGGGGGCGUCCUCAAUCAGGGGGUGUUCCUUGCUCUAUUUGUUGCCUAUUUGACCUCAUAGUUUUUGUUGUUUUUUAUUUGCUCUUCACUGACAACCUGCAUUCCUGGGAGCAAAAGAUGGAAACUCUGGGUGGACUCUUAUUAUUUUCACAAUUUAUGAAAAAGCAAAAAUUAAUGAUUCUUGCCUCAUUUAAGAAAAUAGGUUACGGAAUAGAGUGAACUCUAGAAUUAAAGAACUCAGCAAGUCAAUGGCAGCAGUUUAACCGAGGCAGAGGAGGAUUUCUACCACACUCCCUGGUUACAGCUUAGUUAGUCUAUUCUUCAGGAACUUGCUGUGAAGCAGUAAGAUGACUCAUCGGGCCGUAGCUGGGGAUUUUUCAUUGGAAACUCUCUGCCAAAUAGUUCCCUUGCUGCCUAGGUGCUGCUUGCUUGGAGAGAGUAAAACCUUUUGCUUUGGUUUGGAAAGUAUAAGGCAGGUUGGCUCACUUUGGAGGUGGAGGGGCUGAUAAAUGGUGCUGACUGGGUGUAGUCUUGGCAACAUGAAAAUGUUUCAAUGCUGAAGGACAAAAUUCCACUCUACAUCAGUGUGGGCAGGUAAAACAGAGUGAAGCUAAUGGAAUAGAAGCUUAUAUUGCAAACAAAUAUUUAACUAUUCUCUUGUCAUUAGCAGAGAGUAGCUUUAAGGCAAAAAUAAUAAUGGUUCUGCAAUAUAACCUGGACUAUUCUUGCGCUCGUAUAUGUAAUAGAAGUAUAGGUAAUAGGACUUACAUAUCACUGGAAUAGAGAACCAGAUUUAGGAAUAGGAAUAAUAGUUCUCUUCACAAUUAACCGGCUACUGCAUCUUCGUCUACUUAUGCAAAGGCUUGUUAUUGCUUGGUCGUUCUGAAAUAAACCUGAUCUCCCUCUGAGCUUCCACUAUGUUCCCUGCCCCUUCCUAUCUUUGGCUGCUGCUUGUGUUUUUCCUAGUGCACUUGUAGAUCUUGUCAGCAACUAAUCUAGUACUGUAGUAUUCUUAGUGCUCUCCUUCAGGAUUCCCCAAAAGACUCUUGGCCCUUUUGUACAGUUCAUCUCCUCCCUUUCAGACUUUUCAACUGCUUGGCAGCUGACCAGCAUGGGAGAGGUGAAGGGUGGCAAUUUUCUGUACUGAUGACUUCCAUCAGGUGGGAGGCAGUAAGCCUGAGGUUCCCCCACUGCUGUGUGCUGUGGGGUUUCAGCUACCCAGCUUGGGAAGUCACUUGGUUGUGCCAAGGGGAGCUUUAUGUUAGCUAGUGCUUGCAAUACCCUAUGGAAUUCUGCUUGGUUCUCUUUUGAGCCUUUUCCUGUCAUACAGAAAAAACAGAGGCUACAAAGCAGACCAGAGGAGAGCAGUAUGGAUGUUUUGUUUUGGUCUUAGAAAGGAGAUGACCACGGUAGAGGCAUCUUUGAGAGAGUGCUUCAUUCAAAGUUUUGUCAAAACAGAAUUUUCUUUUAAUUUCCCCCCCCCCUACCCCUAACAUAUCCUUAAUUUCACCUUCAGAGCAACUCCCUGUGCAUUUGGACUAAGAGAGAGCAGCAGGCCCAGGUCAACUGGUGAAUUUCCAUAGCUGACUAUGGAUUUGAACCUCAAUUUCAGUGGCCCUAGUCCAGCAUCAUAAUCACUACAUUGUGCUGACUCUGUUAACAAUCUUUCUGGGCUAUUCCUGCAUUGUAAUGCAUCGCGGUUCCAAAAGAAGCCUGUAAACUUGACCUUGGAGCUGCAACAGAUUCUGGAAGCUGAAAGAAACUUAGAGUUGUACUAUAGAAAAAAAUAGAAGUGUUGUGGUUUCCAGUAUAAGUCGUAAGUCUUCAGUUGAUGUUUUUAAUCCUAUUUUAUAGCUCAAACAUGAACUCUCAUGGUAGUUGUUUUAUUCUGCUUAAUGGUUAAAAAGCGGGUAUUAGUGUGUGGCUUAUAGUUUCAUAUAUUAUGAAACUAUGUAGGAGAACCAUUUGCCCUUUCAUAUACUAUACUUGGCAGCAGUUUCCCUUAGAUUGCUAAUAACUAUGGUUGCUUAUGUAUUAGUGCUUCUGAUCUGCUUAAUAUAGUUUUACUGAAACCAUUUAUACUGCUGCAUGUUUAUGACUUUUGGGUGGUUAUAAUAUUUGCACCUUUUUUGUGAUGAUCACUAUUAUAACACUUCAGAAUUGCAAGCCACAGUUAUCUAAAGGUAGACCAAAAAAAGGAGCAUUGUCGGAUUAUCCAAAAGUUGCAGACGGUAUAGAUGAAAAAAAUAUUCAGCAGGUUUUACUACUUCUUGUGGAUGUUACUAAUGGACUUUAUGAAGAUGGUUUCAUUUGAGUGCAAUUUAGCUAAUAAAUUUUACAUGUAAUAUAAGAUGUUAUCUGAACCCAAAUGUUCCAUUACUUCGAGUUUUUUUCUUGUAUCAACUUUGUUAAUAUUUGCAAAAGCAUCAGUUCCUUCAUGUUUUUGGUUUCCCUUGUUAGACAGGAAAGUAUUUUUGUCUUAAAACAGACAAAUUGAUUAUAAAUGGAUAGGCCCCAAAACUGAGUUUACACGUAGUGCCAAAAACUAAACUAAAUCUGGAAGAUUUAACUAUGAUGUAUCGAACAUUGCUUACCUAGCAGGGUUCUGCCAACAUGUUGAGCCAAAAAUAAACCCACAAGUUGUACAAAGACAAUUUCUUUUCAUCAGGGAGACAAAACUGAAUGAAAGAGACAAACUUAAAUAUUUGCUGUGCUAGCAGGAUAAAUAGGGCAGGAGUGAAAUAUAUUGGUAGUUGCAACUUAGGACUACAAUUAGGGCUGGAAUUACUUUCACUAAGUGACGCUAUUGUAAAGGACAAUACAGCAUCACAUGAUCACAAUCCCGACAGUCCCAUUUGGUAUUGUAACUCCAGACGUGCCACAUGUCUGGAGGUGGUUAAAUGGGAAGCAGAGUGCAUCCUAGAUAAGGAGCGUGGGAGUGCUACAAGGGGAUGCGGAGGGGGAGCCCUGGGAAGUCCAGUUAAGCCGACACACAAAUUGGGGUGCUGCUGGAGGAUGUUAAGAGGAAGAGGAUAUGUGGGGGUAGAUGGGUGGGGUUGUAGGCAAAGGGAGACCAGGGGAAGAGAAUCCAGGAUGCAUACGUGCAUUUUUGUAAGUGGAGGAAGGCUAGAAAAAGACUACACUGCCUAGCGUGGCCUCUACAUCUCUCUGACCACAUGAGAUCAUCUUAUGAGAAAACCACCUUGCAUGACCCGGGGAAGAAAGCCUCAUAUAGCCAUAUAGUUGCCUCAUGGAGGGCUAGGCUGGACAAGCUUGGUUAGCAAUGGAAAAAUGAUGAUCAAGUUAGGAUAGCAGGGACUGCGGAGAGGCCAUGGGGGGAGAGAGAGGUGGGUGAGGAGAGUCGAAACAUCCCUGUAAGUGCAGACAGGCGGUCAAGUGCACAAAUUUUGAUCUGGUGACUGCAGGGAUGCUGCAAUGGCCAUAACUUCAGGGACCGGUCAUAAGUCCCUUUGUUCAGUGCCACUGUAAUUUGAAACCCUUAAUGAAUGAAUGGUUAUAAGUGGAGAACUACUUGUAGAAAUGAAUAUUAGGAACAGCUUCUGUCUCGUGGGGUUUCAGAUGUGUGAUCAGCCUACAGAGUUUCGGGUAAAUGCUGUGUUCUGAUCCUCUUGUGUAUCCUGAAGUCAGAGAAGCUGGAAAGGAAUUAUUGCCAGUGUUACUAAGAGUAGAUGCAGUGAAAUAGUUGGGGAAGAUGGGGCACAAAUUUUCACUCUCUUAUGCUAAUAAUUUCUACAUGCAUGUAAAAUAAAAUAAGGGAAUGGAGAAAGAAGAAGUCCCAUAUGGAGAAACAGAUGUAAGGCAGCUACCAGACUGGUAGGUUGAGAUAAUAAUAGUUUUUAUUAUCAAAAUGUUCUUCUGCCUUGACUCCCUACAUUUUCGACACAGCCCUGAUUGGAGAUGCUUAACUGGCAUACAGAGCUUGGACUAAUCCCAGAGAGUACAGCCAGGUGGGGCUGGUCUGGUCCUAGCCUAAUGGACUAAAUUGAUAAUAGAGCAGCCCUGUAAACAGGACACUCCACCCUGCCACUGCUUUUCUCACAAGCCAUCUUUUUCUUCAAGUAGGCAUUGUUUUGCAGCCUCGGGUAUAUUUUUAGGUAGUGCUGCUUUGAUUGGGACAGGAAAGCGCUUCAGAUCAGCUGCAGAUCUGUUAUCUUUCCAGUUCUGCUAGCAGUGUGAAGCCCCUAUUUCCCAGAUAUCUACCACAAGCAGUUCCAAUCAUUGACAUAUUUGUCAGUCCUAAGCUACUGAGAAGGGGAACUGUGGAUUUCUUCACUAUGAAGAAAGAUUGCCUUUGGGUCAGAAUUUUUAAGUUGAAGAAGGAAUGCUAGAAGCAAGGUUUAAAUUCAGGCAUAUCCUACUGAACUUGAAUGCAUGUGCCUCAAAUAGACCCUGAUGUGAGGUCAACAGCCAGUCAGAAGAGGCCUUAAAUAGCUGCUGAACUGUUGUGAGUUGAGCUCCGAACAGGAGCUGCCAGAGAUCUUCUUGGCAGCAGACCAGGAGAUCCCUGCUUUACUUAAGAGUGCAUAUUAAUUUAUGUGUAAAUGAAAAGCAAACAAACCCCUGCCUGGGGCUUUUGUUGGCAUUUUUUUUCUACUUAAAUGCAGUAGCUGGGAGCCAGGAAAUCUUGGCUUUACAGGUCCCUUAUCAGAAUCAGUGGGUGUCUGUGUGCAGAUUUCCCCUCUGUAGGACAUAGUUCAUAAUGGCCCAUGUUACGUGAAAGCAGAAUGCUGUCAGCUUUACUGAUAGAUGGAUGAAGGCUUGUUAAGUGCUAAUAUAAUUCAUAAAAUUAAUGCAAAGAGGUUAACUCGGGAGGCAAACAGCUUUUUGAAAACAAUUUGUCCUCGUAAUUCAUACUGGUGUCAGCUUUUUGUUAUCUUCUCAUAAAUUUUGGGAGAUUCAAAAUGAAACAGAACAGAAAACCAAACAAAAAAACCCUUGGCUCUUUCCAAUAAGGCUUUUAGAUAUAGGGUGAGAAAAAAUGUGUAUUGCAAUAAAGCGUUCUCUUCUCAGGACAAAGAAAUGUAGACAUCACAAUAUUGUGUAGCUGGGCAAUGCUACUAAUAUUUUUAUUUUCAGAACUAUGUGUUAUUUUGUGUUUGAAAUAUUUAAAGAAGGGUGAACUUCUUAGUGAGUGGUAGUUCUGCAACAUAUAGAAAGCUGUAAGUUUCCUUUUGUCUUUUUCCUAAAUAAUGAUUUGGGAUAGCCAGAUUUCCUAUAGGUUCUUGCAUCUUACUUCAACUUUCCCCAAUCCUGCAUUCUUUGUGAUUAGAGUAGAGUAGCGUAGAGUAAUGUAAUAGAGUUGGAAGGGAUCCUGAAGGUCUUCUAGUCCAACCCCCUAUUCAAGCAUGAAACCCUAUAAUUUCAGACAAACUGUUGUCCAAUUCCUUCUUAAAAAUCUCCGGGAGUAUCCACAAUUUCUGAAGGCAAAUCAUUCCACUGAUUAAUUGUCCUCACUGUCAGAAAAUUUCUCAUUUUUAGGUUGGAUCUUUUCUUCAUAAGUUGCAUCCAUUCCUUCUUGUCCUGCCUUCAGGGGCUUCCUAUUAUAAUUACUGAUUCAAGGAAAAGGGAGUUGUAGUCUUUGCACAGCUGCAAAUCUCGUAUCAGGAAAAAUAGCUGAGAAAUUCUUUAGCUUCCAUAAAAAUGUUGAUGUCUCUAAAGGGAAAUGGAAUAUUUUGCUGUGCAUGACUGCUGAUAAAUGUGGCUGUAGCCUUUGGUACUACGAACAAUGUAUAAAAUGGUCUUCCACUGAUAUUACUGAGGAAAUAGUAAUUUUUUUGAAAAACGUCUAAAGUUACUAGGUUUUGCAAAACAGUAAUAAGGGAGGUGAGAUAAUCAGCAGGCCCAGCCUAAAAAUAAGGGAGGAAAUUGCAUUCUUGUUGACUAGAGAAGCAGUUGGGAAAUGAAUAUAUUUAGAUGCAAUUAGAUUUCUAUCCCAAGGGCUGAGUGUUACCACAACUUGUCUCAUAUUUCAUCUUCACUCCUCUGGGGAAGAUUCAACAGAGAGAAGGCAUGAGUUGCCCAAGGCCACCGGCUAGUGUUCCAUGUGCUGCUGGUCCGGAAAAGGCCUCCCGGAGCAGACCUCCAAGAGCACAGCACACAUCAUCAUUAGAUACCAUCCUUGGUUCAUACCUUAUGGGCCAGUGGCCUCGAGAUGCCGAAGGACUUCCCAUGUCACAUAUGAGUGACAAAUCUACUCAGACUCCAGUAUCUUGGCAUGAGUCAGAGGUGGGAAAAGUUGCAGAUCGUAAGCGAUCUGCCUCAUGGAAUAAUAUGGAUCAUCGUAGAGAGAUUGCUAAACUGAAGCAACAGCUCCAGCGAACAAAGCUUGCUGUUUGGAAUAGUAAAGAGAAAGACCAGAAUUUUUCCACUCAAGGCAAGCAUAGCAUGCUCCCAUCAACCAAGGGUUCCCCAUUUGCAUCUUUUCCAGCCUUGAGCAGAUCUUCUUUGCACAACAGUUCUGAGAGUAUCAAUCAGGAAUUGGAAGAGAUAUUUGUAAAGGAGCAAGGAGACGAGUUCGUCAGAAUCUUGGAGGUCCCAGAUGGGCACAGAGCUCCACUUCCUUUCCAAAGAAAUACUGAAGAUUCCUUGUUGCCACGACUGGAAAACAACUGUAACCCCUGGAGCAGCCUUUCUCUUUCUCCAUCCCCUUCAGAUGACCUUCGACAAACCUCACAUUCUCCUACCCGGAUGAUUACUGAUGAAGAUUUGCCCGGGUUUUUAGCCAAGCUAGUAUCGGAGAACAAAGGUAGAGAAAAUGGCAUCACUUCUCCAGUCCUUUCUUUUGCUUUGACUCCUCGUCCCAACCACACCUAUGUAUUCAAGCGAGAGCCUCCAGAGGGUUGUGAAAAAAUCCAUGCUUCUGAGGAAGUAGUGCCUGAUCAGCCUGUCCUGCCUUCUUGUCCUGAUAAGAGCAAAGUCUACUUCAAACCAACAGGCUCUGCCUUCUGCCAGUUUAGUCUGGUGAAACCUCUUAUUCCCAAAGUAAAUACCCCGUACAGAGACUUCUCUUCCUCUCCCAGCCCAAAGUCCCCAGGCACAUUUUCUCCUUGCCAGGCCUCUACCACUGUCCCCAUCCUCAUUUUACAGAAAGACUUGAGGAGAGACAACUUCAGUGAAAAUCCAAAAUCUCCUUCAUUAGAUUUGGAGUCCUGGAAACGGCACCAACCUGAAGACCCUGCCCUCUUGCAUAGUUCUGUAGCCGUCUGAAGAAGAGGGAGUGGAGUAGAGGCAAAAUAAAUUCAUGGUCCUUCCAAGGCCUGUAGAAAAAAAGUGCCUUGAUACUGGGAAACUGAGUGAUCCCAGCAACAGCCUUAAAGUAAAGAUUGCUAUUGGACUCCUUUCAAGGAGCACUUCCUUUCCUUAAGCAUCUCUGUCAGUCUCUUUCUGCUACUCUGGUAUCCAAAGAGAAAGAUAGCAUCUUCUCUUUUGGAAUACAUAAGACAAUUAAUUACAAGGAUUGUCUUUCUCUCUGCUUGCUGUGUGAGGCAGGAGCUCAUUGAUGGUGUUUAAAUGUUCCUAGAGAUGUUUCUCAAGGUUUCUACAGAAUAGAGUAUAUAAUGAAUAUAAGAUGCCAGAACUUGUGUAUGCUGAUUGAACAGUUGAUGUCACUGGAUAAAAAUUGAGCAGAUUAGUGUUUCAUGGGGUCUCAAGUCUGCAAUACCCUGUUAAGAUUCUUUUCAUAUCCUGCUCUGCACUGUAUGGCACUUGCAUCACUGGAAUACAAUCAGCUAAAUGCUUUUAAGUAUUUUCUUUCCUAAUGAUUAUGCCGCACCAGAUAGUUGAAUAAGUAAAUGAUUCAAGGUGUGUCAUAAAGAUUUUGAGUUCCUUCAUAAGAAGGAACAGCAAAGGAGGAAUGUCCUAUUUGCAGUUUCCAAGUGGACCUCCUGAAAUUAUUUUUUUCAAAGAACUUGGCAGAAUGAAAUUGAAGCCCAAGCCAUUCUUGAGGGAUGCAGCUGCCAAUGGAAUUAACAUAUGCUAUUUUUAUUAUAAUAAAUUGAACUCAACAGUUGCAUUUUGACACUACAACCCUUUUAACCCAUGAAUUGGAAAAUCCACUCAACUUUAUAUUCAUUUUAAGAAGACUCCAAAGAUCCUAAGUUCACCUACAUCUUCAUCCUAUACCUCUAGCAAUCCCUUCAGUAGAAAGGCCUUAAACCUGGUGAUGCCUUGAUUGCAAAGUGUAUUUGGAAGUCAUAUUUGGUUCUUAAGUUUAUCGAUUGUACUAGGAGGGUUUUAUGAAAUUGAAAGAGAAACUAUAUUUUCUUUUGAAGACAGUAUUUUUGCAGCUACUUUUGAAGUUUUUGUAAAUGUUAAUGUACUGUAUGCACCAUGAAAAGCUUAAUGAAAGGUUUUUGCAGAUUCUUGGUGUUUAAACCAAUUAAAAGAAUGAUAAAA